UUCUCAGGAAACGACAGCGUUCUAUCCUGAUCAGUUUACAGUCGUCUUCUAUUCUCACCAGAACAAUGUACCUAUUUUGUUCACCAAAUCCAUUAAAAUCUUCGGUUGUUUCUUCUUUUCUCACGGUUUUUGCUCAAAUUAUUUAGCGUUUUCAAAUUCAGUUUACGGCAAAGAAAGCUAAGCCAUCUUACUUAACGACUCUAUUAGAAAUAUGAGAAUCCGGAAUCAGGGUACAGCCGAACCGGCGACUACAAGAAAGACGCCGCCGACGAGGAAGUCUGCUGCGAAAACUUCAUCGGGAUGUACAGAUGCUGCGGCGGAAUCCACGGCUCUGAAAACGGCGGGAACAAAGCAGGCCUCCGCUGCUAAAGCGAAGCAAAUGGACAAAAAUGAAAUUUCAACUGUGAUUAUCGACGGCUCUGAUUCUAAUCUUGAAAGAUCAGCAGUUGAAGAAGUGAAGUCAUCACCUGAAGCUACAAGACUGACACCGGAGAGCAAAGCUACACCAGGCACUAAAUUAGUUUCAAAGCGAACACCUGGAAGACCUAAACGUGCUGUUUCUGCGAAAGGGAAAGCUGUCUCCGUAGUGAAUUCUGAGGGAACAGCCAAUGAGAAGGUUUUGGAAUCACCAAAUAAGGUAGAAAUGGAGCAUCAAAAGGUAAAAGAAAGAGAAAAAAUUGAAGAAACUGGAAAGUCCAAACUGGAGGAGGAAGUACCAUGUGAUGGGAACAUUGAAGAGUAUGUAGCUAAAGAGGAUUCACUACUAGUAAGCGGGACAGAUCGCAAAAUUGUGGACCUUAAUGUAAAAGAAGGCAGGAAAGGUAAGUUGAGUGGAGAAGAUGUGCAAAUGGAACAAGAUAGGUAUGGCAGUUUCGAUGAUGAGUUUGAGUACGGUGACAGAGUGGACUUUGGGGACCACGAUGAUGAAGUACUUGCAGAUGAUGAUGUAGAUGACCCUAUUGAAGAAACUGAGGCAUUGGAGGAGGAGUGCAAAGAACUAACUGCUAUUGCAAAAGAACAUAAAAUUAAGAAAGAGUGUGAGAUUUUUGUUGGCGGAUUGGAUCGAGAUGCUGUUGAGGAGGACUUGAGACAGGUUUUUGAGAAAAUUGGUGAGGUGGUUGAAGUUAGGUUGCAUAAGAAUCCAAUAACCAACAAGAAUAAGGGAUAUGCUUUUGUGAAAUUUUCAAAUAAAGAACAUGCAAAGCAUGCCUUGUUAGAAAUGAAGAACCCGGUUAUUUGUGGGAAACGAUGUGGGACGGCACCUAGUGAAGACAAUGACACAUUGUUUUUGGGAAAUAUUUGCAAUACAUGGACAAAAGAAGCUAUCAAACAAAACCUUAAAGAAUAUGGUAUUGAAGGAGUUGAGAAUAUUACUCUUGUCCCAGAUGUUCAACAUGAAGGGUUGAGCCGUGGUUUUGCAUUUUUAGAGUUCUCUUGCCAUGCCGAUGCAAUGCUUGCAUACAAGAGACUACAGAAGCCUGAUGUUGUAUUUGGACACCCUGAGAGAACUGCCAAAGUAGCUUUUGCUGAACCGUUGCGGGAGCCUGAUCCAGAGAUAAUGGCCACGGUAAAAACUGUAUUUCUUGAUUCACUUCCUCCUCAUUGGGGUGAAGAUCGUGUAAGGGAAAAACUCAAAGGUUAUGGAGAGAUCGUGCAAAUUGUAUUGGCCCGGAACAUGUCAACUGCUAAGAGAAAGGACUUUGGAUUUGUUGAUUUCUCCACCCAUAAAGCUGCUACAGCUUGUGUAGAUGGUGUGAAUAAUAAACAGCUGGGUGAUGGGAACUCAAAGACAAAAGUCAGAGCAAGGCUAUCGAAUCCUAUGCCUAAAACACAAGCUAUUAAGGGGGGAAUGUCUGGUGGGUUUCGAAUUGGAAGUGGUGGCAAUGGCACAUUUUCAAGAUUUGGGAGAACCUUUGGCCAGGUUGGACAUCGCUUUAACUCGAAAGGUUUCCAACAUGGCCGGUAUUACCAUCAAAAUGAACGUGGUCGAACUAGUACAAAUGAGCAUGACUUUGACAAUCGAUAUUCUGAGUUCCAUCGGCAGCAAGUUAUGGGUAAAGGUGGAAGAAGGGGCUCUUAUGGGGAUGGUUAUCGCACAUCCAGUAGAGCUGCCUCAUUUGUUAGCCCUUCAAGAUAUAAUUUGAGUAGGUCUUGGUAUGAUGGCCCUGAAAGGGCAUGGAGGGAGCAUGCUCCGCUUAGGAGGCAACCGUUUUCUCCUCAACGAGCCUUUGAUCAACCUUAUGGUGGGCAGCAAUAUGAUGACCCUUAUUAUUAUGAUGAAAGUGCACAUAGCAUGAAGAGGCCAUUUUAUAUGACAGACCAUGAUCCUGAAUACAUGGAGCCUCCUAGAUUCCGUCCUCGAAUGGAUCAUCCUUAUCCAGAAGUUACUUUUCAUGAAACCCGCCAUCGUGAUCCUCAUCAUGCAGCUGGUAGUGGUCUCUACUCCCAUGAUUAUUUUGGUUCUGAUUAUGAUGCAUAUCCCCCGUAUUAUCGGGAUCAUUCCUAUGGAGGCAGCUACUAGUAGCAGGCUCAAGAACUGUUGAAGCUCUUGCUCAAUUUGUCUUGGUGGGCCUGGAAAUGCAGAUGCAGCUCACUGGGAAGGACAGAGGCUUACUUGAAAAAAGCGGUUGAACCUGCCUUUUAACUUCUUUCUGUUUUCUGUUUUCUUAUCCUGCAUUUCCUCAUGCUCCUACCUCCUAUUUUGAUCUCUAUCCCCUUUCUAUUAACUUUUAGUAGAAAAUAAAUUAUGAUAUGUCUAGUGUGUGUAGGUGGUCUAUUAAGAACUUAAUCAAGAAAUCAUGUACCAUGGAGAUCAAGGGUUUCUGAUACAAUUUAUUGUGCUGUAGUAUGGAAAAAGAUUUCCUAGAAUGCUAAUUUUUGAGAUUGUGGACAGAACGUAUUGACUGAUGAGCAUUAUUCAUAAAUCUCCAUAUAUGUUAAGCAUCUGGUUGGAAAGUAUUUCUUAAA